AUGUCAAAUAAUUCUUUGACCGGCACCCUACCAAAAUAUGUUGGAAGACUUGAAAAUCUUGUUAACAUAUCUUUUGCGGAUAAUAAGCUAUCAGGGAAACUCCCAGAGACUUUGGGAAAGUGUAUCUCUCUGGAACGACUUUAUCUGCAAGGGAAUUCUUUUGAUGGAACCAUUCCAGACAUAAGUGGGUUGAUGGGUGUUAAAGAGAUUGAUUUCUCCAACAAUAAUCUCUCUGGAAAUGUACCUGGAUAUCUUGCAAACUUUAACUCGUUGGAGUAUCUCAAUCUAUCUGUGAACAACUUCGAGGGAUUUUUGCCAACAAAAGGAAAGUUUAAGAACGCCACUAUAGUUUCAAAUAAAAAGAAGAACAAGACCAAUGAAGCAACUCCUUCCACCUUGGGGGCUUUCCAUGAAAUGAUAAGUUAUGGAGAUCUUCGAAAUGCGACUGAUGGCUUCUCUUUGAAUAAUCUGAUUGGAUCAGGCAGCUUUGGUACCGUGUAUAAAGCCUUGCUUCCUGGAGAGAACAAUAUUGUUGCAGUGAAAGUUUUAAACAUGCAGCGACAUGGAGCAAUGAAGAGUUUUAUGGCAGAAUGUGAAUCUCUUGAAGGACAUAAGGCAUCGGCUCUAGUCUAUGAGUUCAUGCCAAAUGGAAGUUUGGAUAUGUGGUUGCACCCACAUGAAGUGGAAGAGAUCCGUAGGCCUUCAAGAACUUUGACACUUCUUGAAAGGCUUAGCAUAGCGAUUGAUGUGGCUUCUGUUUUGGACUAUCUUCAUGUUCAUUGCCAUGAAGCUAUUGCUCAUUGUGAUCUUAAGCCAAGCAAUGUCCUUCUAGAUGAUGAUCUAACUGCCCAUGUUAGCGACUUUGGUCUGGCUCGGAUCCUCCUCAAAUUCGACCAGGAUUACUUCCUCAACCAACUCAGCUCGGCUGGAGUCAGAGGAACCAUCGGCUAUGCCGCACCAGAAUAUGGAAUGGGAGGGCAGAUAUCAAUAUAUGGUGAUGUGUAUAGCUUUGGGAUUCUCCUUUUGGAGAUGUUUAGUGGAAAACGACCUACCAAUGACUUGUUCGGAGGAAACUUUACUCUGUGCAGCUACAUCAAAUCUGCCUUGCCAGAGCGAGUCUUGGAUGUGGCUGACGAACUGAUUCUUCAUAAUGGCCUUAGAAUCGGCUUCCCUGCUGCUGAGUGCUUGAAGAUGGUUUUUGAGGUGGGACUUAGGUCUUGUGAAGAAUCUCCAGUGAACCGGCUGGCAAUGAGUGAGGCUCUAAAAGAAUUAAUCUCAAUCAAAGAGAGGUUCUUCAAAGCCAGAAGAGGAGCUAGACAUUGA